UCAACUCAUCUUCAUUUAAAUCUUUCAACUGUGUACUGACGCUUUAAUUCAGCGCGAGCAGCACUGCAAAAAAAAAUAAUUUAGACUCAACGCCGAAACUCCUGCUUCACUGCUGCUCACUUCCGGUGUAAAAUUUUAGCAGUGCAGAGAUUAGAGAUUACAAACUGCAGUUUUGUCGUCAUUCCACACAAGAGACAUCUUCUUUACACACAGCACCAAAUCAAUGUUUUCCCGCCCUCUUUUGAUUGACGGGAUAUAAUCAGCCCUGAUUGUCGGAUGUUUCUAAACUAUUGGCCGAUGGCCCAUAGCGUGAUAAAUUUCCUUUAUCGGCAGAUUAUUGGCUGAUACAUCGGUGCAUCUCUAGAAUUAAUUGCAUUUUUUAUUUACAUUUUUUUCCUUUAAAAAAAAAAAGAGGAGAAGAAACAGAAGGUAUUAUACACAUUAAGGUAUUCGAUGCAUUCCAAACCCUAUUUCUGUGAAUUUAACGGAGAAGCUGUUUUAACACGAGUUUGCUGUAUAAUAAUAAAGAACUGACAAAAUGGCAUAAUGAGCAAUUGAAGAGUUACGAAUACUACUUCUCAUUUUGAUUAGGAAAGGUUUGCCUUCUGUGAAGGCUGUUGAAAUGAUUUGCCAUGUUUUGAAAUGGACUUGUAGCACUUUUGAAGUUGUAAUCGUGUAGAAACUGAGCUCCGAAAUGUUUUGAGUUUUAACAAUGGGUUAAAUUGGAUCAUUUCAGUACACUGACAUAACACUCAGCCUGUGCUCCAUGUCAUGGAUGGUUUUAACCAGUGUGGUUUAAAUGGGUGAAAUCCUGUUACGCAUUUGUCAACAAUAAAGAUUCACUGGGAAAAAAAACUACUUUUUUAAAAAUUAUUGUUAAGAAAAUGAAGGGGAGAACAGUUGAUAAAGUAAAAAAAAGGUGUGGGGAUACAUUUUAAAAAAAAGAAAUAUUGAAAUAUUAUGCACAUGUUCAUGUACUCAAACACACAUACACACACAUUGAUCAGCCAUAACAUAGAACCACUGACAGGUGAUGUUCAAGGUGUUGACUUGGCCUUCAAAGUCCCCAGAUCUCAAUCUGAUCGCGCAUGUAUGGGAUAUACUGGACAAACAAAUCCGAUCCAUGGCGGCCUCACCUCGCAACUUACAGGACUUAAAGAAUCUGCUGCUAACGUAUGGCUUUACUGUAUGUAAUUAAAGGGGAGAGAGAGAGAACGAGAGGGGGGAUUUCUAAAAAAUGCAACAAGAUAAUGAAUGUAUAGAUUAGACAAUAGUAUGUUACAUUCUGUUUAUAUUGACUAUUCAUGCAGGUGCUGUUCUGUUGCUUGCUCAUCUGAGAUCAUUAACCCAUCAGGGUGGCUCUUGAGUGAUGCUGAGUUUUGUUCUGUUAAGAAGAUUCAGCUUGGUCCUGGUCCAUUAUCCAUCCAUAGGUGAUCUAUUGUGGUGUGUAUUUAUUUGGUCUUCAAGUCCAAUCUCUCUUUCGCCUGCUCCCGUUUGGGGUCGCCACUGCGGAUCACCCGUCUGCGUAUUUCAAAUCUGGCACGAGUUUUACGCCAGAUGCCCUUCCUGACACGCCCUUCCUGACACAACCGUCCCCGUUUCCAGGCUUGGGACCAGCACCGACUCCUGCAACCCUUCCAGUGACUGGGGUCGGUUGACUGGGAAUCGAACUCAAGACACAGCGGUGAGAGAACCAGCCUUUAGAAUUCUUGGGACAUCCAUUCAGACAUGAAGAUCCUUGUUGUUAUUGCUAUUGCUGUUUUUACUGGCUGCCAAGCCAGUGUUAUACGACAGGAUAAGGCCAAACCCAGUAUAGAGAUGGUAAAAGACGCAUUCUGGGAUUAUGUGUCCAAGGCAACCCUAACACCCAAAGACAUCCUGCAGAAGAUUAAGGAGUCUGAAAUGGGGAAAGAAGUCAACAUUAGGAUCUCUGAGAGUGGAGAUGCCAUCAACCAGUAUGCUGUGGCCGUUAGUGGUCAGGUGACUCCUCUGACUCAGGAACUGCUGGCUAAGAUGUCCCAGGAGGUCGAGCAGCUGAAGGCACGUCUGCAGCAGGACGUAAGCUCUGUGAAGACCCAACUGGAGCCGUACAUUGAGGAGCUGACGUCAGAUAUCCAGCAGCAGGUGGAACAGUGGAAGAAGGACGUGGCUCCCUAUACAGACAGUCAGCAACCUGAGGCUCUAAAAGCUGCUCUGCUCCAGAAGAAUGAGGAGCUGAAAAUUAAUCUGGAAAAGAGUGUGAGUGAGCUUCAGGCCAAGCUGGGACCACAAGCAGAGGAGCUGGAAAAACAUCUGCAGGACUUCCAGAAGAACAUAGCUCUGUUUGUUCAGAACAAUGGGAAGGUGCCCCAGACAUUGGAUCUGUACACCCAAGACCUGAAGACCCAACUCACUGCUCUGUGGGAUUCAUUUACCAAAAACAUUCAGUAAUCAGACUUGAUUUGAUGUUUUCAUAUUUACAAUCUUGCAGUGAAGUAACAGAGAACUCUUAAAUGGUGUAAAGGAUUGACUGCUGAUUCUAGCAACUUUUCCUUUUUUAUUUUUAUCAUUUAUGUUUGUAUUUAAGGACAAUUCAAAAAAUAAUCUGUUUCAGAAGAAAACAAAAAACAAUACUCCUAGAGGUAUUCUUGGAAAAAUACUAAUUAAGGGCAAAAGUCUUAAGAAUACAAGACAAAAGGUACAAAUAAUCAUAGCCAAUAAUAUUGCACUCAAACUUCAUUGAGGCUAGCCAUUCUGGAAAAGGGCAAUGGUCAUUGGAAAAUUUCUACUUGAAUUAAUUGGUCUCUGUUUGCAAGAGGUUUUUAAUGAACAAUUAAUGCUCCAAACUGCAUUACAGCCACAUAAGGAUAGGUGAAGGGAAUUCUCUUAUAUCAUGUACUCUCUUAUAUUAUGAACUGCUAUUAAGACACCUUGGAUACGGGGAAUACUGGGUUAUAGCUUCUGUUUGUGUAUCUCUGUGCUGUCAAAUACCUAUGAUGAAUGUAUUCAUUUAAUUACCUCUUUGAAGAAGCUGAUCAACUGCCACCCUUUAUUAUAGCUGACACAUGUAUUUUCUAUACCUUGAAAAGACUUAUUUUUGUAGUGUGACUGUGUGUGCUGUGUGCUUUGUCUGAAUCGGUCUAGCACCUGCACAAGUAGAAACCCGCCCCCGCACUGCCGCUAUGUGUAUAAAAUAUUAUCUAUGUGUAUAAAUACUCCUGUUUUGCAUGAAUAAACCGGAUGUGUCUGUGAACAGCAUGUGUGUCAGUGUGUGUUCAUUUAGACUCUCCAGGCCUGAAACGCUCUGCGGUCAACGACACAUAGCACAGAACUAAGAGUUAAGAGAAAUAAAAGGCUGUAAGGCUGACGGGGGACCGAACGACAUAAUCUGAGAUUCCUUAUCUCUUACAAUAGGUUUCAUGAGAAUUAUCAAGAAGGCAUCUCAAAGUAGCUUUAUAUCAGAUCAUAGUCCUUCCUACUGUAUUUUUAACAACACCUGCUAAGCAUUACAAAUUCCCUUGCUAAGUUAUUAGUUAUUUAACAGAAUUUAAAAUGUUAUAACUUAUGGUUGAGACACAUACAAUAGGAUAAAUAGUUCAGUUCAGGAAUUUUUCAGAACUUAUAGUAGAACAUAUAAAAUCUGACCAGGUUUUCCCAGGCCACCACAAACACAUACACAGUAUGCAUAUUUCUUUCAUUGCUCUCAGGCUCCAGAAAAACAUAUUUUGUCUUUGACAAAAUUCCUAUUUAGCUGUCCUGUAAAUUGUAGACCCAUAAUAAAAAAGCUUUUAUUACCCAUCACAUUAGGGAAAACCAAAGACAAAAAAUAGAUGGUUAUUGACCAGCUCAUGUCAGGUAAUGUAAAAAAACAUUAUCUUCUGCAAAUAACAGGGAUGUUUCCCCUACCUUAUAUAAUUAUCAUUUUGAAGGUGCUACCAUAGUAAGUUUUGAGGUUAACAAAACACCAGAGAUUUCGGGCACUAACUCCUGAUGGGAAGGUAUGUCCACUGGGUUCUCAACUCAACAAUAUCUCCAGUAGAGGUCAACAUUCUACUGCAUUUGCUAAGCAGAGCUUGUGCAUGCCAUGGUCUAAUCUUAUUCUGUGGCGUUUUGAUAGAAUUGGGGCAGCCAAAAAGUCUUUUUCAUUUGAGUCUCCAAAUUCCUCACAUGCCUGAGCCUUCGCUUGUGUGUCUGCUUUUGCCACAGCCAUAUUGGCACUAUUAUACAUCCGAAUAGAAUCAGGAGAGCCCUCUGUGAAUAUUACUUGGAUUAUUACUAUGAUUGAGCACUUGAACAAGGUCUAUACAGACUCAAUGUUCCCAACCUCACUUUGUACACAGAACACAUUUUGAAGGUGUUAGAUAAUUUCAUCUCUCACAAGAGCUUCUGCCAGACACUCUCAAGCAACCUGGAAGGCUCUUCUGGGUUUAUCAGGUAAAUCUGGCCAGCGCCCUUUGUGACUAAUCUAAUGCAUCACCAAGUGGUAAUCAGUUGACAACUCGGCCCCCUCUUUAACUGAGGGUCCAAAAUGAGUGUCCUCAAGUCUGAGGAUGCAAACACAAAGUUGAUCAUUGACCUUUGACCCAAGGUUCUCUGGUAUCAAGCACACUUAUGAGCAUUGACAAUUUGUGCCUUGUGAUGCCACAUUUCACCACAUUGAGUUCAGCUCCAGGAGGGCAUUCCUCCCAACCCUUCCAAGUAUCAUUCCAAAUAUGAGCACUGAAUUCCCCAGGAGCACACUCUGGGUCAAAAGUUCCUGGUGACAUACCAGUACACAAAGUACACAAAGUACACUUCUGCACAACAAGAUUUUGAUCCA